ACAGUGCAGGACCAAAAGGCUGCAGGAUGUUUUGUUGAAAGUAACACCUUCCCCCGUUUUCUUGACUCCAGAUUUCAGGAGCUUUAACAUUCUAGAAACUACCAGUUAGACCUCAACUACAGCAGCUGUUGAAACCGCCUCCCCCCUUUGGGUGAGUGUGGACAUUUGCUACUACAUUUUCUCAGCUGUCACUCUCUCGCUCCCAAAAUAGACCAUAUCACAGACAGUCCAUUUCACUGAUCUAAGGGAUCCCAACAUUCUGCGUUUUAAAAUGACUUUCCCAUUACAGCAAUAAUCAAAUGCCUCAACAUGGCACAAUAAAAAUGUAUAAAAGAUAUAAUCUCUUGUUGCUGUUUUUGGACGAUUUACACUUUUGCUUAUCAACAGGUGAGGUGAAUGAAGGCUGUCACCCCUUUUAAUGUUAUGGUUGAACCCAUUAUUCUGGUAUGUCCCCCCCUGCUUAAAAGAUAUAUAAGUGAGUGUUGGGGGGCUGUUACAACUGAUAAAACGAAACGCCGCCGGAAACACCUCAACCACACUGUCAAACUGAGAUUUCUUUUGAAAGAAGGAAGAGAUUUGACAUCAAUGACGAUGGGAGAAAUGGGAUAUCCAAUCCAGUUAAAAGAAGAGGGCAACAAGCACUUUCAGGCAGGAGAAAUCGACCAAGCCAUUGAGAGCUACACUAAUGCCAUAAAGUCUUGCAAAGACAAGAAAACGCUGGCUGUCAUUUACAGGAACAGAUCAGCCUGUUACCUGAAAAAGGAAAACUACAACUAUGCAGCAUCAGAUGCUUCUAAAGCGAUCGAUGUGGACGCAGGUGAUGUCAAAGCUCUGUACAGAAGAUGUCAAGCACUUGAAAAGCUUGGCAAACUGGACAUGGCUUUUAAAGACGUUCAGAGAUGUGCAACCAUAGAACCUAAAAACAAAACCUUCCUGGAGACCCUCAGAAGACUCGGAGCUGAUAUUCAGCAGAAGCUGAAAACAAGCUUCUCAACAGACUCCAGAGUGCAGAACAUGUUCGACAUCCUUUUCUCAGAAGAAUCAGAUAAGGAAAAAAGAGAAAAGGCUGCAAACAACCUGAGUGUCCUGGCCAGAGAAGACGCGGGAGCGGAGAGAAUUUUCCAGAACAACGGAGUGCCUCUUCUUGUGCAGCUCAUCGACACGGGAAAACCUGAGAUGAUCCUGGCCGCCAUCCGGACCCUGUCAGGAAUGUGCACAGGCCACAGAGCAAGAGCGACGGCCAUCAUCCACAUGGUUGGAAUUUCCAAACUGUGCAGCAUCAUGGCUGUGGAUGAUGAGGAGAUUGCGUUGGCGACUGCGAACCUGUUCCAGUGCGUCUAUGACUCGCUGUCUGGAGCGGACAAGAGAAUUUACGGCAAAGAAGAGUCACUUGUGCUCGACUCCAGUAAGGACCUGAAGGACAUCCUGCUGGCCUUGUUGGAGAUGAUCGCAAGUAAAAAAGUAUCAGGACAUGGCCGAGACCAAGCUCUGAACCUCUUGUCCAGAAAUGUGCCAAGGAAAGAUAAGAAAAGCACUGACCACUCCAAGUGUCUCUUCACCAUUGACCACGGCCUGAGAAAGAUUCUGAAGGUCUGCGGUCAGGUCCCUGAUCUUCCCGACCAGUUACCGCUGACGGAGAACACACAGCUGAUCGCCAGCGUGCUCCUCAACAAGCUUUACGAUGACCUGCGCUGUGACCCUGAGAGAGAUAACUUCAGAGAUAUCUGCGACGACUACAUCAAGGGCAAGUUUGACCCCAAUGAUAUGGACAAAAACAUCCAUGCCAUAAAUACUCUGUCAGGCCUUCUGCAGGGGCCGUUUGACGUGGGAAACGCUCUGUCGGGCCGUCAGGGUGUGAUGGAGAUGAUGGUGGCCCUUUGCGGCUCCGAGCGUGAGGUGGAUCAGCUGGUAGCGGUGGAGGCCCUCAUUCACGCUUCCACCAAAACCAGCAAAGCCUCCUUCUUCAUCAGUAAUGGUGUAUCUCUGCUGAAGGAAAUGUAUAAGAAAACGAAAAACGAGAAGAUUAAGAUCAGAGCUCUUGUGGGACUUUGUAAACUGGGUUCUGCCGGAGGGGACGAUUACAGUAUGAGACAGUUUGCAGAAGGUUCUACAGAGAAACUGGCCAAACAGUGCAGAAAGUGGCUCUGCAACCCCACGCUUGAUGUGCGCACCAGAAAAUGGGCCAUUGAAGGUCUGGCUUAUCUUACCAAUGAUGCUGAUGUGAAAGAUGACUUUGUUGAGGAUGAACCAGCCAUGAGGUCCAUGUUUGAACUCGCCAAGUCGAAAGAUAAGACCAUCUUGUAUGCUGUAGCCUGCACCCUGGUCAACUGCACCAACAGCUAUGAUAAGAAAGAGAUCUUACCUGAAAUGGUGCAGCUGGCCAAGUUCUCCAAACAGCACGUGCCCGAGCAGCACCCAAAGGAUAAGAAGGAUUUCAUUCAAAGGCGAGUGAAGAAGAUGUUGAAAAAUGGAGUCACAUCAGCUCUAGCUGUCAUGGUCAAAGCAGAUAACUCCAUUCUGACCGAUCAGACAAAAGAGAUGCUUGCACGAGUGUUUCUUGCCUUGUCGGAAGAUACUAAAGAUCGUGGCACAAUCGUAGCCCAAGGUGGAGGAAAGACUUUAAUCCCACUAGCCCUUGAGGGAACUGACAAAGGGAAAAUAAAGGCCAGUCAUGCACUGGCUAAGAUCGCUGCUGUCUCCAACCCUGAAAUGGCCUUCCCUGGGGAGAGGGUGUAUGAAGUUGUGCGACCACUGGUGUCCUUGCUAAGCACAGACCGAGACGGUAUGGAAAACUUUGAAGCGCUCCUGGGUCUCACAAAUCUUGCGGCCUUAAAUGACAAACUUCGUGUGAAAAUCCUGAAAGAAAAAGCCCUUCCUGAGAUCGAGAACUACAUGUUUGAGGAACACGAUCAGAUCAGACAAGCUGCAACAGAAUGCAUGUGUAAUCUGGUUUGCUGUAAAGAGGUUCAAGACAGAUACCUGGACGAUGGUAAUGAUAAACUGAAGCUGCUGGUUCUGCUCUGUGGUGAAGACGAUGAGAAGCUACAGAGAGCGGCAGCCGGCGCCCUGGCUAUGCUCACUGCCGCACAGAAGAAACUCGCCGUUAAGAUAACCAAAGUGACUGGGCAGUGGCUUGAAAUCAUGCAGAGACUGUGUCUUCAUGACAACCCUCAAAUUCAGCAGAGAGGUCUUGUGAUUGUGUAUAACAUGCUAGAUGGGGACGAGCAGAUAGGCAAGAAGUUGAUCGAAAGUGAAUUGCUGGAAAUCCUGACAUAUGUGGCAAAGCUAGAGGACAACCCUAAGAAACAAGAUGCUAUUGAUGCUGCACGUGCCUGCCUGUCCAGAGCCAUGGAUAAUGGACUUAUAAAGCCGUUUUCUAAUUAAAACUGAAAUAAUAUUCAAUUGUGAGAUGUUAUUAGAUGAAUGGUCUGCUUUCUGGGAAAGUGGAAAGACUGCAAACCAUUUGCAAAAGGUUUUAUUUUCAUUUUUUAUUUUAUUUAGUUUUUGGUUUGUAUGGCUGUGUGUUAAAUUGGGGGUCUUGCAUGUCUGUAUUUAUUUAACAUGAUCGGUUUAUAUUUUGUGUAUUUGCACCUGUUUGAUUUACAGAUAAAAAAUUUUGUUGGAGAAAAUGUGCCUGGAAUGUUUUGUUCAUUACAUGGUUCGUACUAGUAACUCUAUUUAUUAUUAACUUCUGUUUCAAAUCGAGAAUACAUUACACACUAACCCGAAGGGUCAGGGUUUAACCGGAUGAUAUCAGAAUUCGUGUAAAUGUAUAUUAUUUACAGACUACAAAAAUCCUACAAAGUAUGUUGUCUCUCAAAAACAUGUGUCCUUUUUUGUCACAUCCGUAAUGCAUUAAUUUCCUAAAUUACUAAAACUCAUUCUAGGACUGAUUGCCUUUGUUGUCUGGACUCUAUCAUUGAGGGUUUAGUCAAAUAUAAACA